AUGGGUUGCUCACAAAUCUUGAUCUUUGUGUCAAUCCUGUCAUGUUCUUCAUUAGUCUUUGCAGGUGAUUUCAGAAAAGAUGUUGACAUUAUAUGGGGAAGCGACAAAGCAAAGAUACUCGAAAACGGCCAAGCCAUUACAUUAUCUCUUGACAAAGUUUCAGGCUCUGGUUUUCAAUCCAAAGAUCAGUUUUUGUUCGGUAAGAUCUCUAUGGAGCUCAAGCUUGUCCCUGGAAACUCUGCUGGUACUGUCACAUCUUACUAUCUUGCGUCUAUAGGAGCGAUGUGGGAUGAGAUAGACUUCGAAUUCUUGGGGAAUCUGAGUGGUGAUCCUUACACAGUGCACACAAAUGUGAUCACACGAGGCAAAGGUGAUAGAGAACAACAGUUUCGUCUCUGGUUCGAUCCCACUAUUGAUUUCCACACUUACUCCAUCCUCUGGAACCCUAAAACCAUAAUAUUCUCUGUGGAUGGUACACCGAUAAGAGAAUUCAAGAACAUGAAACCGAUGAACGUUUCUUACCCUGAGAAACAAGCAAUGAGAGUCCAUUCAAGCUUAUGGAAUGGAGAUGACUGGGCAACGAGAGGAGGGGCCGUGAAGACUGAUUGGUCUAAAGCGCCAUUCACGGCUUUUUACAGGAACUAUGAGGUUCAAGACUGUGUUUGGUCGGCCAGUGGGGCUAAUGUAUCUUGCGGUGGUGACGGUUCGAGCUCAUGGCUUAAUGAAGGGAUAGAUGAAAAUAGCAUGAAGAGGCUUAAGUGGGUCCAAAGCAACUUCAUGAUCUAUGAUUAUUGCAAUGACGCUAAAAGAUUUCGUAUGGGGUUGGCUAGUGAAUGUAUUGAUAUGAAUUGA